AUGUUGAUCCUUCAGUCUCAUGCUGCACUCGUUCAUCUGAUGCGACUGCUGGAAGGUGAACUGAUAAAGUUUUCAUGUCGAGUUCUCCGAGAAGCGGAGGAAAGAGCCAGAGAUGACGAAGUAGUUAAUCAUGAUCUGUGGGAGUUGGCCAAUGAUCUGCUUGCCGCCAAUGAGGAGUUCAGAAAGAUUUUUUUGGCUUCUUUCAUCGAUUGGCGAAAGAAGCUGAAUUUUCCUAUUUCAGGGCCGGCAGUUUUGCUUCCAAAGCUCAGGGUUCUUAACCAUGAUACGUUGAAUCGAAUCAAAGUUGCUGCCGAAGAUGCUGGAGAAUCUAUUGAAGGCUACUUGGCUUUCUUGCGGCGGAGUCAAUGUUCGGAAAAGAAGGAUUUUGUGGAAUACAGGGGAAUUCAUGAUUUGCUGAGUCGAAUUACUGGAUUUUUGGAUAAUGCUUUAAAGGAGGCAUCCAUUCUGGAAGAGAUCCAAGUUGAAAAAACUGCCAGCGUUUUAGAAUUACAUGAUGACGAUUCGCAAACCAAGAGUUCGCGGCGCUCUCAGAUUCAACGUCCAUGGCGUGGUUGCCUUGAUGAUAGGACCGAUUUGGACUGGGAGAAAACGUUUCCGUUUGAGUUGUUUUCAGCAGUUGAAAUGGAUGAACAUGACUUCAUGAGCGGUUUGAUUGAUGAAGUCAUCGAACGAUCUUCUGAACUAAAAGUAUUGAAAGUAUGGGAGAUUAGUAGCAGCAUUGGUAAACCUACCUCGCAGAAACAGUUUUUCGCCGUCCAAUCGUUGCACGUCACUUUGAUUGGUGCAAGGGUCGAUCACAUUUCAGGGCAGAGCAGAGAGGAUACGGGCGAAUUUUUGAGCCGAAGUCUCAAGGGAAAGAAGUAUCUCAUUGUUCUUGAAGGUUUGCGGAACUUUGAAGUUUGGGAGACCAUCCAGGAAUAUUUUCCAGAUGAUGGAGUGGGUAGCAGAAUUUUGUUAAGGGUACUAGGGGGACUGGGAAGCUCGUCUAUAGUUUCACAAUUAAAAGAGUCUUACAGGCUCUAUAAACCAGAAUUAGUAUUCUGGUGUGAAACAAAGCGUAAAGGUGGUUUUGUGAAGCUAGUGGGUAAGAAAUUAGGUUUUGAUACUAGAUGGUGUAUGGUUGAUCUUGUGGGACUGAGUGGGGGGAUGGCCUUAGGAUGGGGUGAGGAAGUGAUAGUGUUAGGAUUGGAGACGACUGAAUUCUCAAUUGAAGUUGAGUUUGAAACAAAAGAAACAAAAAGAAAAUGGAAGCCUGAACUUCUGCAGCAACUUUUAAUUCCAUCAGAAGUGGAUUUGGUACUACAAAUGCCUGUUAGUAAGUUUGGUUGUGAUGAUAGUCUGAAAUUAUCUCCAGUGAAGUGGGAUGGGAUAACAAUCAGAACAGAUAGGUUUACAGAAUGGUGGGGCGCUUUGAUGAAAAUUAAGAAGGGAACUGAAAUAAAGGACAUAAUAGAAUUUACUGUCUAUCUGCUGUGGUACAUCUGGAAAGCUAGGAUUGCUUGGCAGUAUGAAGGGAAGAGUACUGAGGCUGUGGAAGUAGUUCAGAGAGCAAUGAAGGAAUGGGGGGAGUUCAAACAUGUGCAAGUAGAGAAGAAAGGGAGACAAAAUGUAGAAACAAACGCAAAUAAUGAACCAGGGUGGGAAGCUCCAGGAAGGGGGAAGGUUAGAGUGAAUGUCAGCUCACACUUGGAUGAAGGGAAGAAGGUUGUAGGGUUAGGGAUUUGUAUCAGGGAUGAUGAAGGCAAACUGAAAUGUGCAAAAUCAGUACUGCAUGAAUGUGUUCAAAAUAGUAUGGCUGCGGAGCUGGAAGCGGUGAGAAGUGUCAGAAGUUCAACUUAG